AUGAAGUUCUCCAGCUACACAGCAAAAUUCGCCCGUGCUUUCUCGACCUUCCCAAUUGUAACACCCGUCACUGAAGAUUCCAAUCGUGGCGAGGCUCUCGGUUAUUACGCGGUUGAAGAAGCCAUGUCUCCAAAUAUUCUUCGCAACGGCUUCCUUUGUGCCGAUUCGGUAACUUUUUGGUUAUCUACCGAGGAUGGAUUCGACAUACAAAACGUAGUCGCGGAAGAGGGGGCUUUUCAGUUCAUAGGCUCCCUAAAGGAACAGCAAGUUCUUCUAGCGCUGUCAAUGUGGAAACCAGGACUCCGCGGCGAUCCCACUGACUUAGACCAGAUGUCGGGAAACAUAUUACAAGACACAAAAGUAGAGAGUGGAGAUAUGAUGGUCGUUUUGUCAUCUAGGGAGGCUGUGGAGCUGCACAAUCUGGAGGUCAAAAACGAAGCAGUGCUAGUUAUUGCACAGAUGCCUAUAGAACUGCUUCAGCAAUUUGCGACCAGACUAGGAGUGACAUUCACGCCAUCUGAAUAUGGAGUGUACAAGAAGGUUUUUUGUCCAAGCACGCAUAUAUUUACAAUUAUUCGAAACAGACUCUGGCUCCUACAUGGGGUGUUCACAACUAUUGGAACUCUACACGGACGAGUGCUUGAUGUACAGGACACCGCUGCAAAUAAAUGGAAAGCAGCUUCUGCAGAUGCAGUCCAAAGGCUAGAAAGAAAAUUGGGUCACAUUGGCACUGAUGAUUGUGCUAUCUGUAUACAGUCGCUGACGGUUACUAAAGCGAAUUGCCCUCACCUUUUCCACUCGUGUCUUAAUGAGUGGUUGUUAGAACACUCUGAUUCCUGCCCACUUUGCAGGACCAACAUCAGCUCUAAAGAGGCUAAUGCUGAGAGGUCCAGCACUGCUGUAGGCCAGGCUGAGCCCGCCCAUGAUGUCAUUAACGAGACAACAGACGGCGAAGUAGGCAGUGAACCGGUCUGCGACACAGCCCGCGACGACCUUACCAGCAGCGAGGCAGUCGGCUGA